CACAGGCCAAAGCCAUCUCUAUCCACCUUGGGUGAUGUGAACAAGCAGGGAGAAACAUCAAAAAACAGUAUGACGCUUGACCUGAAUGAUAUUUCACAGUGUGAGGGCAGCAGCAACAAUAGCAGUGUGGUUAUACCGAGUGAAGAGACGGUGUCCACACCGGUGGAUGAGAAAAGUCGACUGGAUGUUAAUGCUGAACUCAAUUCCAGUAUUGAGGAUCUACUUGAGGCCUCCAUGCCAACGAGUGAUGGCACAGUUACAUUCAAGUCUGAAGUUGCAGUGCUUUCUCCUGAGUGGGCAGAAAAUGAUGAUACGUACAAAGACGAUGUAAGUCAUAACCAAAAAUGCAAGGAAAAGAUGGAAGCUGAAGAGGAGGAAGCUUUAGCUAUUGCUAUGGCAAUGUCUGCAUCUCAAGAUGCCCUACCAAUAGUCCCCCAACUACAGGUUGAAAAUGGUGAAGAUAUCAUAAUUAUUCAGCAGGAGACACCAGAAACUCUGCCUGGACAUACCAAAGCAAAGCACCAUUACAGAGAAGAUGUGGAAUGGCUUAAAGGGCAGCAAAUAGGCCUUGGAGCUUUUUCUUCCUGUUACCAAGCUCAAGAUGUAGGAACAGGGACAUUAAUGGCUGUAAAACAGGUGACGUAUGUCCGGAACACAUUGUCUGAGCAAGAAGAGGUAGUUGAAGCACUGAGAGAAGAGAUAAGGAUGAUGAGUCAUCUAAACCAUCCUAACAUUAUUCGAAUGUUGGGUGCUACAUGUGAGAAGAGCAACUAUAAUCUCUUUAUUGAAUGGAUGGCAGGAGGCUCAGUUGCUCAUUUGUUAAGUAAAUAUGGAGCCUUCAAGGAAUCUGUAAUUAUUAAUUAUACAGAACAGCUGUUACGUGGCCUUUCUUAUCUCCAUGAGAAUCAGAUAAUCCAUAGAGAUGUUAAAGGUGCCAAUUUGCUAAUUGACAGCAUGGGUCAUAGAUUACGAAUUGCUGAUUUUGGAGCUGCAGCCAGGCUGGCAUCUAAAGGAACUGGUGCUGGGGAGUUUCAGGGGCAGUUGUUGGGAACAAUUGCAUUUAUGGCACCAGAGGUUCUGAGAGGUCAGCAGUACGGUAGGAGCUGCGACGUGUGGAGCGUUGGCUGCGUUGUGAUAGAAAUGGCUUGUGCUAAACCUCCUUGGAAUGCAGAGAAACACUCCAAUCACCUGGCCCUGAUAUUUAAGAUUGCUAGUGCAACUACUGCUCCGUCAAUCCCUUCACAUCUGUCUCCUGGUUUGAGAGAUGUGACUCUGCGGUGUUUAGAGCUUCAGCCUCAGGACAGACCCCCCUCAAGGGAGCUGCUGAAACACCCUGUCUUCCGUACUGCCUGGUAGCUAAUCGUAUAAUAGGUGGGGUACUGAAGAAGAUGAUACUGAAUAUACAAUACUGUCCUGCAGUGCACUGAAGCACAGCAGCUUGUGUUAUUCUGCUGGCCUUAAUGCUACAUCAAGGACUUAAGGCCAGUGGAGGACUCUACCUAAGUGUGUGAUUGACAAAUCAAGAUCUUUACCUAAGCUCUGUAUGCAACAUUUCACAACUUGAGCAGAAAAAUGUAAACUGUG